CCCGUCAACCUACUAACUUCCUUUUCCGGUUUUGUGUGUUAGCCCCUAGCCGAAGCUAUCCAUUUGUGAAGGAAAUCCUUCAAUAUCUAAAGAUGGGGUUCGUUAAAGUUGUUAAGAACAAGGCAUACUUCAAAAGAUUUCAAGUAAAAUUCAGGAGGAGGAGAGAGGGAAGAACAGAUUACUAUGCCAGAAAACGCUUGGUUGUCCAAGAAAAAAAUAAAUACAACACCCCUAAGUACAGAUUGAUUGUCCGGUUUACCAACAAGGACAUCAUCUGUCAGAUAGCGUAUGCCAGAGUGGAGGGAGACGUGAUCAUUUGCGCUGCAUAUGCUCAUGAGCUUCCCCGAUAUGGCAUCAAGGUCGGGCUAACAAACUACGCCGCUGCUUACUGCACUGGACUUCUUAUAGCAAGAAGAUUAUUGAAGAAACUGAAACUGGACAGCAUUUACACUGGUCAGACCGCGAUUGAUGGAGAUGAAUUCUUUGUUGAGGAUGUUGACGGGGAACCAGGCGCGUUCCGCUGUUACCUUGACGUUGGUCUUGUCCGCACUACCACUGGUGCCCGUGUGUUCGGGGCCCUGAAGGGCUGUGCCGAUGGUGGCAUCGACAUCCCACACAGUACAAAGCGUUUCCCAGGCUACGAUUCCGAGAGUGGCGAGUUCAGCGCAGCUGUUCACCGUGACCAUAUCUUCGGGAAACAUGUGUCCGAAUACAUGAGGAAACUGCAGGACGAGGAUGAGGACGCGUUCAAGAAACAGUUCUCACGCUUCACCAAGGAAGGCCUCACCGCAGAUAAUUUGGAAGAAAUGUACAAGAAAGGCCAUGCCAGUAUACGUAGCAACCCUGAACCUAAGGCAAAGGCUACCAAAGAGGUCAAGGUCAAGAGGUGGAACCGCGCCAAGAUGACCAAGGCACAGCGGGAGGACAGCGUCAAGCAGAAGAAGGAAGCCUACAUGCGCAAAUUGAAGGCCGACGACGACGAGUAGCGCGGUGUCAUACACACUGUGCUUUAAACUGUACUGUCGAGCACUGCCUGAAGAGAAAAAAUAUACAAAACAAGCA